AUGUCGGACUUCCGCACACGCAUACCUUGCAGAGAGAUCACCUCUCUUAGCAAGCUCUACAAUGUGCUGACGACUGAAUACGGAAAUAUAUACUAUACGUUGGAGACGGAAAAUAACGAGCAUGGUGAGCUCUUUUACGUUGUUGGUAUCUCGUGUCAUUUUGCGCGUGAUGUUGAGGAACUUCUGGUCACGAAGGGGGUUCUUCGAGAGAGUGCGAGACCACGAGGAUUUACAGCGAUCAACGGACCGAGACCUCGUGGGGACCCAUUGCCUGAGGUGAUUGAUCUCACUUGGGAUGACUCGGAUGAGGAGCCUCCUCCGGCUCACGGGAGUACAAACACGGUAAACAUCCCGAGAGAUCUGACACCUGGAUCACGUCGACUUCUUGCUGGCGCGGAAGAGACCUCAGACUACAUUGCCAAGUCAGUAUCGAGCCAGCGAGAUAGCCCUGAGCGAACACACAGCGCUGUUACACGAACCCCCAAAAACCAUAGCGGAGCUGAACAAAGACCAAUCGCAGCAGGCAACAGCGCGGUUGGCCAAGGAGACCGUUGGACAGGGAGGAUCCCGAUAUCUAUGCUACUCGAGGGUCCUCAUUCUUGA